GCUGGACAUUGCUGCAGAUCUCUCCACCUUGACCACUCUCCACUGUAAAAGAUGGCUUCUACUGGUCUCCAAGUCCUUGGCAUGGCAAUGUCCAUCAUUGGCUGGGUGGGAUGUAUAAUCACCUGUGCCAUGCCCAUGUGGAGGGUGACUGCCUUCAUUGGGAACAACAUAGUGGUGGCACAGAUCAUCUGGGAAGGACUGUGGAUGAAUUGCAUUGUGCAGAGUACUGGACAGAUGCAGUGCAAGGUCUACGACUCCAUGUUGGCUCUUCCUCAGGAUUUGCAGGCUGCCCGUGCCCUUACUGUCAUCUGUAUACUGGUAGCCCUGCUGGCCAUGCUUGUUGGUAUUGUGGGAGCCAAGUGCACCAACUGCAUAGAAGAUGAGAACACCAAGGCCAAAGUCAGCAUGGUAUCGGGUGUGGUCUUCCUGGUGGCUGGUAUCCUCAUGCUCAUCCCUGUCUGCUGGUCUGCAAACAGCAUCAUCCGUGACUUCUACAAUCCCCUGGUGGUGGAGGCUCAGAAGAGAGAACUGGGAGCUGCCAUAUACAUAGGGUGGGCUUCCUCUGCUCUGAUGCUCCUGGGUGGAGGCCUCCUGUGCUGCUCUUGCCCCAAGAAGAACGACGCUCCCUACUCUGCCAGAUACACUGCCCCUUCAGGCCCAGCACGGAGUGACUACCCCAGCAAGAACUAUGUCUAAGGGCAUAACUCGCUGGCUUGGACAAUUGCAUUCACUCUUUAUAUACAGUAUGGGACAUAUUUAUCCGUUCCUUCAGCAGAUGUCUGGACUGCAUGUAUUGUGUGUUUGUGGGGGGGGGGGCGCAUUUGUGGAGACUUGUCUGUUUCUUGGAUUUUUUUUUUAGCUGCCACAGACUUUUUUUUUUUUUAUAUAUAACUUUGUAAACUUUUAAAUAAAACUUUCUCCAUUA